CGUCCAGUUUCUUCUUAUCUCCUAAAGAAGAAAGCAGGUUGUCUUCGGUCAAGCGUCUGCAUCUGUUCCCUGACAGUGGGGGGGUUUGUUGGGGAGCAACCUUAAGGGCUUGGUCACACUUGACAGUUUUCCUCAGCUGAUAGUGAACAUCCAACAUCCACAGGAGGGAUCUUCCAGACUUUUACCGGCUCCCAUUUUUUUAGUGGCAGAAUGAGCGGGUUUUUGUAUUUUGUCCUCCCGGCGUUGGGAGGAUACACACUCACCUCGUUGUACCUGCUGAAGAACCCACACAUUCUCCACAGGAAGAAACGCACGGCCUUUGACUGCAAACACAUCUCACACAGAGGAGGAUGUGGGGAGAGGCUAGAAAGCACCAUGGAGGCGUUCACACAUGCGGUGGAGCAGGGCACAGAGAUGCUGGAGCUGGACUGUCACCUGACACAUGACGGACACGUGGUGGUGUCACAUGAUGAGAACCUGCUGAGGCAGACGGGACACGAUGUCACCAUCUCCUCCCUCGAUCUGCAGGAUUUGCCUUUGUAUAAGGAGAAACUAGAGGUGACAUUUUAUGCAGGUCACUACAGCAGCGGUGAGGACAGGAAGUUUUCUCUGCUUGAGGACGUGUUUAGGAAGUUUCCUGACAAGCCCGUCAGCGUCGAGAUCAAGGAGAACAACAAGCAGCUGAUAGAAAAGGUGUCCGACCUGGUGAGGAACUACAACAGGGAGGAGAUCACGCUCUGGGCCUCUGUGAACUCCAGCAUCAUGAAGGAAUGCCAAAGAACGAACAGCUCCAUGCCGUACAGCUUCUCUAUGACCCGAGGCCUGCAGCUGCUGCUCCUCUUCUACAGCGGCCUGCUGCCCUUUGUGCCGCUGGGCGAGAGUCUGCUGCAGUUCUACCUGCCACGCAUCUUCAACAGGACGUUCAUUCCUGAGCAACGCAUCCUGAGGAACAGGCUGGUCGUCUCUUUGAUAGAAAAAGUAACUAUGAGGAGGAGUCUUUUUAAACACCUGGCUGCCCGUGGAAUUCAGGUGCAUCUGUUUGUUUGCAAUGAAGAUGAGGACAUAAAGGCUGCACUUGAUGUAGGAGCCACAGGCGUGAUGAGUGAUUAUCCCUCCGUUCUAUCACGAUACCUCAGCAGACACAGAAGUGAGGAUUGACCUGGGAACACAUCCGGUCAUGAUCACUCGGCUGCUUUUCUGAGGGGGGAAAAGGAAAAGCAGAGAAAUGUAAGAAGUGUGAGACUGAGUUCCUCACCCAUGAAUAGAUUUGUCAAAAGGCUGUUCAACCCUCGAACCUCAAUCGUUGGUGAUGGAAUAACGUGUUAGUAGUGCCAUCUGCUAUCAGUUCAUUUCUUUGUCCUCCGCCCACGUCUUUCAGACAGAGCCCAAUGUUCAAACAUGCAGCAACUGAUUUGUCUCUGCAGCAUAUCUACCAGCGCUGGAGUGAAUGUUUAACCAGCUGGACCAUGUCAUCCAACAUCCAGUUUCUCAUGAUAAGAGAGUAAACAUGACUUUGUUGUGACUGUGUCUCAUGUGAUUUUCUGACUUUGUGUGAUUGGUUUGAGUAAGUGCUGAUUUUCAGAAAUAAAGUAUGUGGGACAGUUCACUUGGAGUUAUGCUGUUCUACGUAUUUUUGUGGUAUUAAGUUGAAAAGAAGAUGAACAUGAGGCCACGGUCAAAGUCCAUUAAUAAUCAACCAAGCUGUUAGUGAAACAAAGGCUGUAUUUUUCUGACCUAUUUGUCUGUGCCUUGCAGUGUGACGAGUGAGUUAAUGGAAUAUACUGUAAGUGGAUCAGUGCAGACUAAGGCCUUUGAUCCAAAGAGCAAAGGUUUGAAUAAGUGACCCAGCAGAGAAAAUUAGGUCUUUGUGAUAAUACAGUCUGCGAUAUAACAUAAUACAGCGACCUCUGAGGACAUGGGGGGCAUGUCUCCAGCAUAUAUGUCACCUUGCAGUUUGCAGUAACUUGCAGUUACUUUAAAAUAACUUAGUAACUUAAGAAGGCUUUGGUAUUAUUCACCAGGAAAAGUAAAUACUUUCCAAUAGAGUUUACUUGUUGAUUAACUGUUGAGAUAAAAUUGGAAACUGUUCAUGUUUGUCUUUCUCUUCUCUGACUGCAAGCUGUGGAUCUAUUGGACAACUUUGUUCACUGAAUUAAUAAUUGAUUAAUUGACUAAACAGACUGAUAACGAUGAGGUAAUGAAAAUGAUCAUAACCUGCAGCUCAACUUAUCAAACAUGUACAAACAGAGAUAAAAUGUACACAACAUGUAAUCAGACGAUUAAAUUAAUCAAUCAAA